AAACCCUAAACAACACUAUAUCUGACUCUUCAAUUCGGAGAAGAGAAAAAGAAGAGAGAAGAAAACGCAGUAGAGAUGCCAAGAACAACUACAUUGGAGCUGCCUGGGUGUCCUCCAAUACGAGCUUUAACUUUUGAUAUUCUUGGUUUAAUCAAAGUUAUUGAAUCUCGUUCAGCAGUAACAGAUGCUAACCAACCACAAGUUGUUACAGCAGCAGCCGAUAUUACUCCUAAAGUUGUUGAAACAUGGGGUGCACCUGAUAAAUCAAGAUGUAUUCUUAAUGUUUCCAUUAAUGACCGUAAAUCCGAUCCUUUAUUGGCUGUGGCUAGGAAAAACGGCCAGAUUGAGGUGCUUAAUCCAUUAAACGGAGAAAUUCGUGCUUCUGAGACACUUGAAGAUAGUAGUGACAAUCCUAUUUCUGGACUACAUCUAUUCAGAAAAGAGAACUCUGGGUUAUCAUCUAGGUCGUGCUCAUUGCUUACAUGUACAGAGAAAGGAAAUGCGAUUUUGAGGUCGCUUGAAAUCGGUGGUUCGCUUGCCGAUUCUAGUGAUGGCUCUCGGAAGACGUGGGAUGUUUGUUCGUCUGGUAAUAUUUUUUGUUCUGCUGUUGAUGGUAAUGAAAAGUACGCUGUAUUCGGAGGGAAGGGUGUAGAAAUCAAUGUGUGGGAUCUUGAAUCAUGUACUAAGACCUGGAAUGCUAAAUCCCCUAAGAAAGACAGUCUUGAUAUAUUCACUCCAACAUGGUUUACUGCUGCAACAUUCCUCAGUAAGGAUGACCAUCGAAAAAUCGUAACCGGCACCAAUAGUCAUCAGGUUCGCCUCUACGAUAUAUCCGCACAGAGAAGACCUGUUAUAUCUUUUGAUUUCCGAGAAACUGCCAUCAAAUCAGUUACCGAAGACCUAGAUGGUCACACAAUCUAUUUUGGAACUGGAGGUGGUGACCUUGCCUCAGUGGAUAUGCGUACAGGGAAAGUACUUGGAUGCUUUACAGGGAAGUGCAGUGGAAGCAUUAGAUCCAUAGUUAGGCAUCCAGAGUUCCCCAUGAUUGCCUCAUGUGGACUCGAUAGAUAUUUGCGCUUCUGGGACAUAAAGACACGACAACCUCUCUCUGCUGUUUUCCUGAAGCAGCAUCUCACGAAAGUAGUUUUUGAUUCAAAUUUCUGUGACAAAGAGACAGUUACAGCUGCAAUUGGUCAAGGAGAAAAGGUACAGGAGAAGGAAGAGGAUGAUGAGGAUGUGUCUGUGAGAAGGAAGAAGUCAUCUAGAGAAAAUGAUCAGGAGAAGCAGCUCAGGCUUAAGAAGAAAAAGAAGAAGCCUGUCCAGCAAGAAGUCGAAAGUAACGAUGACGAUGAGCAGGAGAAGCAGCUCAAGCCAAAGAAAAAGAAGAAGCCUGUCCAGCAAGAAGUCGACAGUAACGAUGACGAUGAGCAAGAGAAGCAGCUCAAGCCAAAGAAAAAGAAGUCUGUCCAGCAAGUAGUUGAUGAUGACGAGGACAAUGAGCAAGAGAAGCAGAUGUCAGAAAAUGAUGAAGAUGCAUCACUCCCCGUGAAAAGGAAGAAGGCAUCAUCUGAAGAGAGCGAGCAGAAAAAGAAGCUCAAGGGAAAAAAGGAAAAAAAGCGGGUCUAACAGGAAGAAGAUGAUCACUAAUGGUGAUAUUGGUUCACCAGAAACAUAAUCAGACUAAUUAUGACAAUAAUUAGUCUGAUUAUGUUACGGUUUCCGUUAAAUUUAAAUGACCUGUUACAGUAGUUACAAGAUGGUUAUGAAUGCCUGUUUGAUUGUCAAUCACUACGGGAAUAGUUAGACGGCCUUAAUAUUUUUGUCUUCGGCAAAGUCUCCUUUAGAGCGUUUGCUGUUCGAGUCUUUUAAGCUCUUGCAAAUUUAGUGUAUUAGCUCCGUUUUCAUGGUA